AGAAAAGGUCUUGUCUUAACUGAUUAACAACCUCAUCUGGAAAUCUAGUUACUCUGAAAUCCAGUAGAACCAAACCAAGCUAGCUAAGAGGGAAACAAAGCUAGAACAAAUGGCUUCUGUUUUCUCUUUACCCUCUUCAUCUUUCCUCUGUCCACUCAAAACCACAAGAUUCAGAACAAAGUUUCAAUCUUUACACAGUUCCCCAAAACCAUUCUUGAUAAACUCACUUCAGUUAAAAGAACUUGACCCAAAUAUCCCAGAACCAGUCCAAACAUUCUGGAAGUGGCUAUGUGAUGAAGGGGUUGUAUCAGCAAAGACACCUGUAAAGCCAGGAAUUGUACCAGAAGGUUUAGGAUUAGUUGCUAAGAGAGAUAUAGCUAAAGGGGAGACAGUUCUAGAAGUUCCUAGAAGGUUCUGGAUUAAUCCAGAUGCAGUUGCAGAUACUGAAAUUGGGAAUGUGUGUACUGGAUUGAAACCUUGGAUUUCUGUUGCUCUUUUCUUGCUUAGAGAGAAAUGGAGAGAUGAUUCAAAGUGGAAAUAUUACAUGGCUGUUCUUCCAGAGUCUACUGAUUCCACUAUAUAUUGGUCUGAAGAGGAGCUUUCUGAGAUUCAAGGGACUCAACUUUUAAGCACAACAUUGAGUGUGAAAGAUUAUGUGCAAAAUGAAUUUCAAAAAGUGGAAGAAGAAGUCAUACUUCCUAACAAGCAGCUUUUCCCUUUUCCCAUAACCUUGGAUGAUUUCUUCUGGGCAUUUGGAAUGCUCAGAUCAAGGGCAUUUUCUCGUCUUCGGAAUCAAAAUCUUAUUCUGGUUCCUUUUGCUGACCUGACAAACCACAAUGCCAGAGUGACCACAGAAGAUCAUGCCCAUGAAGUUAGGGGACCAGCAGGUCUGUUCUCGUGGGAUUUGUUAUUUUCUUUACGAAGUCCAUUGAAACUGAAGGCUGGAGACCAGCUUUUCAUCCAAUAUGACUUGAACAAAAGCAAUGCUGAUAUGGCUCUUGACUAUGGCUUCAUCGAACCAAGUACUUCAGCUCGUGAUGCAUUUACGCUAACUUUGGAAAUAUCAGAGUCUGAUGAUUUUUAUGAGGACAAGCUGGAUAUAGCAGAGUCAAAUGGCCUAGGAGAAACUGCUUACUUUGACAUAAAACUUGGACAAUCUCUGCCCCCUUUUCUGAUUCCAUAUCUAAGGCUGGUUGCCCUUAGUGGAACUGAUGCUUUCCUACUAGAAUCAAUUUUCAGAAAUGCUGUUUGGGGUCAUCUUGAGUUACCUGUCAGCAGAGCAAAUGAGGAGCUCAUAUGUAAAGUCGUACGAGAUGCAUGCAAAUCUGCACUUUCAGCCUAUCACACCACAAUUGAAGAGGAUGAGAAACUGAUGGAGAAAGGGAACCUCAGUUCAAGGCUUCAGAUAGCAGUAGGGAUAAGAGCAGGAGAGAAGAAGGUUUUACAACAAAUUGACGAUAUCUUUAGAGAAAGAGAAUUGGAACUAGAUGAAUUAGAAUACUACCAAGAAAGGAGGCUUAAAGAUCUUGGUCUUGUUGGAGAGCAAGGGGAUAUCAUAUUUUGGGAGCCAAAAUAAAGACUUCUGCUGAUCUUAUGAUCUGUCUAGUUGAGUUAUAUUACAAGGUCAAUUUUUAUUUGAUGUAAAUAAUGAAAUUACGAGCAGUUUCUUAUCGUCUUCUUGUGAAGAUCCUCAAACAUCAGAAGGAGAAAAGUUGAAAAAACAACCUCAGAUAUCUCUAGGAUGUAGAAUUUGAUUGAGGAGAUCACUAUCUUCCUAUUCGGUCUCUCAUCUAAAGCUGUUAUUUUUUUAAAUGAUUUUUCUGCACUUCUAUGCUUCCUCACCCAGACCCCACUUGUGGGAUUACACUAGGCAUGUUAUUGCUUGCUGUUCUAUGCUUGUACUUUUAAACAGAAGAAGAUGCACUAGAAAAGAUGAAUAUAUGGUCAUCAAACUCAAUUUAGCUA